AUGGCUGCCCCAGCUCAGCAGGUGCCUACCUUCAAGCUUGUGCUUGUCGGUGAUGGUGGUACCGGAAAGACCACCUUCGUCAAGCGCCACUUGACUGGUGAAUUCGAGAAGAAGUACAUGGCCACCCUUGGUGUUGAGGUCCACCCCCUCGGCUUCACGACCAACUACGGCCAGAUCCAGUUCGACGUGUGGGACACCGCUGGACAGGAGAAGUUCGGUGGUCUCCGUGAUGGUUACUACAUCAACGGCCAGUGCGGUAUCAUCAUGUUCGAUGUUACCUCCCGUAUCACCUACAAGAACGUUCCCAACUGGCACCGUGACCUCGUCCGUGUCUGCGAGAACAUCCCAAUCGUCCUCUGCGGCAACAAGGUCGACGUCAAGGAGCGAAAGGUCAAGGCCAAGACCAUCACUUUCCACCGCAAGAAGAACCUGCAGUACUACGACAUCUCCGCCAAGUCCAACUACAACUUCGAGAAGCCCUUCCUGUGGCUGGCUCGCAAGCUCGUUGGCAACCCCGGUCUCGAAUUUGUUGCUGCCCCCGCUCUUGCACCCCCCACUGCUCAGGUCGACGAGACGCUCCUUGCCCAGUACGCCAAGGAGAUGGAGGAGGCUUCGGCCAUGCCUCUGCCCGGCGAGGACGAGGACGACGACCUGUAA